GGCGCAAUUGCAUUGUUGGCAGAAGAAACGCAACAUGGAGGAAUGCACAUCCAACAGAGGAGCCGAAAAUCUCGACGAUCCGCCAAACAGUCGGCUCUUCAUCGUGAGCAGCCGCACUGUGACCGAAGAACAGAUACGAGACAGUUUCAGCGCGUACGGAGACAUCCAGGGAAUAUGGUUAGUCAAAGACAAAAACACGAAAGAGUCCCGGGGAGUCGCCUACGUGAAGUACGCCAAGUCCUCCCAGGCCUGCCUCGCCAUGGAGACGAUGAACGGACGGCUCCUGGGCGAAGGAACCAAACCCAUCAAGGUUUUUAUUGCCCAAUCCCGAAAUUCAAGCAAACACAGAGAUGUGGAGGAUGAGGACUUGACCCGAAUCUUCGUCAUGAUCCCAAAGACCUUCACAGAGGAGGACCUGGUCCAGACUUUCAAGGAGUAUGGAGAUAUCGAGUAUGCGAUAGUAAUCAAGAACAAAACCACAGGGGAGAGUAAAGGUCUGGGUUAUGUGCGAUACUAUAAACCGUCUCAGGCUGCGCUCGCCAUCGAGAACUGCGACAAAUCCUACAAAGCUGUUGUGGCAGAACCUCGUACUAAAUCUGGGACUGGAGAAGAUUAUGGGACGGCAACAGCGGCGUACAUGAACAGCGGAGACGCCAUGAGCCAGUACAGCUUUCCCAUGGCAGACGCGUCAGGUUACCAGUACUUGGACUACCGCUCUGGGGAGUACACCCGCAGCCUGAUGGUGAGCACCAGGGCGGCGCUGUCCCAGGAGCAGUUCUUUGCCCUGUUUGACCUGAUCCCUGGUCUGGAGUACUGUGAGCUGCAGCGGGACUACGGUCAGGCGCUGAUCCGCUACAACAACCUGGGCUCGGCCGUCUACGCCAAAGAGAAGCUGAAUGGAUUUGAGUAUCCUCCAGGAAACAGGCUGGUGGUGGCGUAUGUGGAGGACGGAGAGGACCGCACCAGCUCUGUGAAUCGCAUGGCUGUGCAGUACGUUGCGUCCCAGAUGAUGUCGGCGGUGUGGGGCGGAGCUUCCAGUGGUCACAUGAUGAAGCCCACGGGUUACUCGGCCGUGGGCCCUGUGUCCACUCGCAUUCAGACGGACGUGAACCUGCCGCCGCCGCAGAAACUGGCCCCUCGAGACAGUCAGUCCAAGGAGCGUCUGUUUGUGGUGUUCACCCCCACCGUCCUGCCUCUGGACGUGCUGGAGGACGUCUUCUGUCGCUUUGGUUCUCUGAUCGAAGUGCACCUGGUCCCCGGGAGGAAGGUUGGAUACAUGAAGUACGCCGAUAAACAGUGUGCGGAUGAAGCCAUGGCGAUGCUUCACGGGCGCUUUGUGAAUGGAGUGAAGAUGAAGGUCAUGUUGGCAGAUCCACCACGGGAGGAAUCUCACAAGCGCCCCCGCACUUACUAGAGUGGUACUACAACGCUUCUUGUUUCCUAGGCGACUGAUCAUGACACGUGACCUGACAGACCGGACC